CCAUCCUCUCCACCUUCCCCGCACUGCCUUGCACGGCGGAGGCAUGGCGAGCUGUUCCUACCGUCUCGGCUCCGGCUCCGGGGUCAGGAACUUCAGCUCCUGCUCUGUGGUCGUGUCCAAGCCCUCGGCCCGUAGCUUCACGGGUGUCCUGGCCUCCCGCGGGGGCAGUCCUGGAGGUCCCAGCUACAGGCGCCUGGGGGGUUUCGGCAGCCGGAGCCUGUGUGCUAUGGGGUCCCCGAGGACAGCAGUGAGCUGUGGAUGGCCCCUGCGCAGCGGGAGCAGCUUCGGCUACCGGGUGGGGGGCCUCUUCGGACCCAGCCUGCCCUGCAUCACCAGCGUGUCUGUCAACGAGAGCCUCCUCACACCCCUCAACCUGGAGAUCGACCCCAAUGCGCAGUGUGUGAAGCACGAGGAGAAGGAGCAGAUCAAGAAUCUUAACAACAAGUUCGCUGCCUUCAUCGACAAGGUGCGCUUCCUGGAGCAGCAGAACAAGCUGCUGGAGACCAAGUGGCAGUUCUACCAGGACCGCAAGUGCUGCGAGAGCAACCUGGAGCCCCUGUUCGAGGGCUACAUUGAGACACUGAGGCGGGAGGCUGAGUGCGUGGAGGCUGACAGCGGGAGGCUGGCCUCGGAGCUCAACCACGUGCAGGCGGUGAUGGAGGGCUACAAGAAGAAGUAUGAAGAGGAGGUGGCUCUCAGGACCACAGCCGAGAAUGAGUUUGUGGUGCUGAAGAAGGACAUAGACUGUGCCUACCUGCGUAAGGCUGACCUGGAGGCCAACGUGGAGGCGCUGAGAGAGGAAAUGGGCUUCUUUCAGGCCCUCUAUGAGGAGGAAAUCUACCUUCUUCAGUCACAAAUCUCGGACACCUCAGUGGUGGUCAAGAUGGACAACAGCCGGGAGCUCAACAUGGACUCGGUUGUGGCCGAGAUCAAGGCUCAGUAUGACGAUGUUGCCAGCCGCAGCCGGGCCGAGGCUGAGUCCUGGUACCAAACCAAGUGUGAGGAGAUGAAAGCCACCGUGAGCCAGCAGGGCGAGAACCUCCGCAGAACCAAGGAUGAGCUCAACGAGCUGAAUCGCCUGAUGCAGAGGCUCACAGCGGAGGUGGAAAAUGCCAAGCAGCAGCGCUGCAAGCUUGAGGGCUCUGUGGUGGAGGCGGAGCGGCAGGGAGAGGCGGCCCUCAGGGACGCCAAGUGCAAGCUGGUAGGGCUGGAGGAGGCCCUUCAGAAGGCCAAGCAGGACAUGGCCUGCCUGCUCAAGGAGUACCAGGAAGUGAUGAACUCCAAGCUGGGCCUGGACGUGGAGAUCGCCACUUACCGCAAGCUGCUGGAGGGCGAGGAGAGCCGUUUGUGUGAAGGCGUGGGCUCCGUCAAUAUCUGUGUGAGCCGUUCCCAGGGUGGCAUGGUCUGUGGGGACCUCAGUGCCACUGUCCCUCGUGGUCCCACCAGCAGUGCCCUCCUCUGCUCCCCUUCCGUAGUGGGGACCUGUUCCAGUGUCAGAUCGGUGCGGUUUGCGUAACAGGCGUGGGUCUGUUGGGCGUAGGGGUGGGGACAGGAGGGAAAAUCUUUGCUCUCUCAGAUCCUAGUGUCAGUGUAGGAGUUUUCCCUGGCUGCAAACCCAGACUAACUCUCCAGUUUCCUCCUUACUGCGGUUAUGACUUACCCUUCAAGGGCAAACCCUGGGGAUGGCAGGACUGCCACCUCCAUUGAGUGUCUCUUGCCGGUGGUCCACCUUUUUGAUAGAAGCUGCUCUGCCACUUUCUUCCCCAACUAGCUUCAGAUUAGCAGACAUUUACUAAACACUGAUGCCAGGCCCUCUGGGAAAGGAGCUGGGUCAGGGAAUGGGGAUGGGUGGGCAACCUCUGCUUUGCCCUCAGAUAUGGGGUGGGGGGGUGUCACCUCAGCACUUGAGGGCGCAGUGGGGGAAUGGACCAGGGAUCCAGGAGGCCCCUCACUGAUCUGAGAGACUGUGCAUUCCCCGACUGUCCCCAGCUCUUCAUAUGUCCAGAUGGAAAGGCUGACUGAAGCUAAUGGCUGAGGUGCUUAUGGUGGGUGGUUGGGUUUUGUUUUGUUUUGUUUUUGUUUUUGUUUUGUUUUGUUUUGUAUUUGGAUGAUUCCUGUUAUGGCUCCUUUUCUCUUUGGGUGUGUGUGAUUAAAUAUUGAUGACAAAAGUUUUCUCUAGUAAACAAAUGAAUGCCUGCCUCCUCUGUGGUUUUCCCCAGCCCCCACCCCCCACCCUUCCCCAAGCCCUGACCGUCACAACACUUCUGCAAGUGUGGUUCCAUGGAUCUCCACCAAAUCAGGGUCCCCAGAGAUGGGAGGUGGAGGGGACUUCUUAAAUAGGUAGAUCCUGGACUCCAUCCAGAACUACUGAAGCAGAAGUUCCAGGGAUGAGCCCAGGAAUCUGAGUUUAAACAAGCUCCCGUGUGAUUCCUAGAGGAACUAAAGCUGAGAACCAUUGGCUUAUGUGGGCAGGGGGAAUAGGAGGGUCAGGUAAUUCUGACCGUGGAACUGACUUCCUCUCUGACUCUCACAGGAUCA